UGCAAAAGAAAGUAGGCCUUGGGCGUUUUGUUGGGAUCAAAUUUGAUGUCCCCAAGGAUUCCUCAGAGCCCCUCGAAUAUGUCUUUAUAGAGUAUGCAGAUGGCAUGGCCAAGCUUCCCCUCAAACAGGCCUCACGUUUGCUCUACCGAUACAAUCUUCCAAAUGAGACCAAACGGCCUCGGACUUUGAGUCGGCUGAGUGACACUAGUGUUUGGGAAAGAAGAAAGACCAAAGGAAAAGUAGCAAUUCAGAAAAUGGAUGUUGACUUGAUGGAGCUAUAUCUUCAUAGGCUUAGACAGAAGAGAUAUCUUAAUCCAAAAAACCCCAUCAUGGCUGAUUUUGCUGCUCAAUUUCCUUAUAAGGCUACACCCGACCAGAAGCAGGCUUUCUUGGAUGUUGAGAAGGAUUUGACAGAGAGAGAAACACCUAUGGACCGAUUGAUCUGUGGAGAUGUUGGGUUUGGUAAAACAGAGGUUGCUCUACGAGCCAUCUUUUGUGUGGUUUCAGCUGGAAAACAAGCUAUGGUUUUAGCACCGACUAUUGUAUUGGCGAAGCAACAUUACGAUGUAAUCUCAGAGCAGUUUUCCUUGUAUCCACAAAUCAAAGUGGGCCUUUUAAGUCGGUUUCAGACUAAAGCAGAAAAGGAGGAGUAUUUGGAAAUGAUAAAAAAUGGACAUCUCAAUAUCAUUGUUGGCACUCACUCACUUCUCAGGAGCCGUGUUGUGUACAGUAACUUAGGCCUCCUUGUGGUUGAUGAGGAACAUGCUCUGUUCUAUAUUCAUUGA